AUGUCGCUCUACUACGAUGCCGUGACCAUCCUGACGGGCGAAGAGCAGCGAGGCUCUCUCAAGUCACGCAUCUACGGCAGCAAAAGCGGACUCAAAUCCAAGCCCGCACAUCUCUAUGCCCUGAUCUCAGAAUGCGCAAAGUACGACACCUUUCUGAGGGAGGUCAUUGAGAAGUCCCAAAUACUCGAGCACGAGCCCAAGGUCACUCCAUUACUCUCGCUUCUUCUCCUCCACGACCAUUUCUUCGCGAAGGGUGGCAUUGCGGCGUCCGCAAGUCAUCCGUUGAGGCAAGCAGUAGAGAGACAUAAGGCUCGCUUACAAGCAGAGUUCACCAAGGCGAGGCUGAGAAAAAGAUGUGGUACGGUCGAGGACUUGAAGAGGGUGCUUGCUGAGGGCAAGGUUGGCAUAAAUUUCAAUUCUGUAUCGCAGCCAAGGUGGGUUCGCGUGAACACAUUGAAAAGCAGCGUAUCCGCGCAGUCGCGUUCGACGUUUGCUGGGUACUCGAAGGUGCAGAAGAUAGGUAAUGUAGCUGGGGCUGGUUGGGGCAACGCAUUCUGCACAGACGAACAUGUGCCGGACCUGAUUGCUGUGCCCCCGGAUGCGUCGUUGGUAAAGACGAAAGCCUAUCUGGAUGGGGAGUUGAUCUUACAGGACAAAGCCUCGUGCUUUCCGGCGCACCUUCUGCUGGGCAAUGACAACGAAUUUACUGGCGAUGUAAUUGAUGGCUGUGCGGCGCCUGGGAACAAGACUACGCAUGCUGCUGCUAUCCUGCGAUCUAGAUCACCCAAAGAUGGCAAGCGCAAGCAUCGCAUAUUUGCUUGCGAGCGGGACGGCAGGCGCUCUGAGAUUCUCCAGACUAUGGUUGACAAAGCAGGCGCGACUAAUGUCCACGUUCUGCCCAAGCAAGACUUCCUCGCCCUAGAUCCCAAUGAUGAGCAAUUCCGCAACGUCUCUCAUCUCCUCCUCGACCCUAGCUGCUCCGGCAGCGGUAUAGUUGGCCGAGAAGACAUUCCUAAGUUCGACUUGCCAAUCAAAUCACAGCCAAAGGCGCAACCUCCGAAAGGUCCAAACGCCUCGAAGAAGCGCAAACACGAGUCCAUCACGACCGCCGAAGAACAAAGUCCUCCCGAAGAGGACGAGCAGCCAAACGCAAGCACAACAAAAGACCCCGAGCGCCUAGCAAAGCUAGCUGGCCUGCAGUCCAAGAUCGUCGAGCACGCUUUCGCCUUUACAGCCGCCACGAGGAUCACGUACUCAACAUGCUCGCUUCAUGAGGAGGAGAACGAGGCGGUCGACCUGCAACCUGGUGGCUUGAGAGAGUGGCCGCAUCGUGGCAAAAGUGGAAGUGGGAAUGUUGAUUCAGGGCACACUUUGAGUGAGGAGGAGUUGGAAGGGUGCAUACGAUGCUAUCCUGGUGAUGAGCAAGGCACCAUGGGGUUUUUCGUCGUCUGCUUCGUUCGCGAUCGGCCUGGGUCGGAGAACGGUCAGGUCAGCUCGGGUGGGAUGGCACUUGACGACCAUGAUGAUGCUGGUAGUGCAGGCGAGGCAGAAGAUGACUGGGAUGGAUUCAGCGACUGA